AUGGCCGCUCGUCAUUCACGAAAGCUUUUGCGACCGCUUCUCUACACCUCGGCGGCCGCGGCCGCAGGUGCGGGAGUCCUGUACAUCUCUUACCGUCCGCGCAACAUCCCCGGCUUGGAAGCGCCUGCCGUCCCUCCCCCCGGUUACCAUGAGGGCAAGCUCGUACCCCCGAGCUUUCCCACCAUCAAAUCUCGUCUUGAGCAGAUCCAGGAUUUAAAGCGCAGCAAGGAGGAGGAGCCCUAUGAUCUGUUGGUGAUUGGGGCUGGUGCGACUGGCUCAGGAAUUGCCCUGGAUGCCGCCACUCGUGGCUUGAAGGUGGCCGUGGUCGAACGCGAUGAUUUCAGCUCCGGGACCAGCAGCAAAAGUACAAAACUGGUCCACGGUGGUGUCCGCUACCUGGAAAAAGCUGUGUGGGAGUUGGACUACAACCAAUAUAAGCUGGUGAAAGAGGCUCUCCGCGAGCGCAAGUAUUUUUUGAACACUGCCCCCCAUCUCUCACAAUGGCUGCCCAUUAUGGUCCCCGUGCAGAAAUGGUGGCAGGCUCCCUACUUCUGGGCUGGUACCAAGGCUUACGACUUCCUGGCUGGUUCCGAGGGUAUCGAAAGCUCCUACUUCUUGACCAAGAGUAAGGCCAUUGAUGCCUUCCCCAUGCUGAAGCGGGACAAUGUCAUCGGAGCCAUGGUGUACUAUGAUGGUGCCCACAACGACUCCCGCAUGAACGUUUCUCUGGCCAUGACGGCUGCGCUGUACGGGAGUACCGUGGUCAACCACAUGGAAGUCACUGGUUUGGACAAGGAUGCGUCAGGAAAGCUGUGUGGUGCGCGCAUGAAGGACGUAAUUCCGGGCAAGAACGGCGAGGCCGCCGAGGAGAUCACCAUCCGCGCCAAGGGUAUUGUCAAUGCCACGGGUCCGUUCACAGAUUCGAUUCGCAAGAUGGAUGAGCCCGACAUCAAGGAGAUUGUGGCGCCCAGCUCCGGCGUUCACGUCAUCCUGCCUGGUUAUUACAGCCCGUCCAACAUGGGACUGAUUGAUCCAUCGACCUCGGAUGGCCGCGUGGUCUUCUUCCUUCCCUGGCAGGGCAACACCAUCGCCGGAACCACGGACCAACCUACUGAGAUUACCCCCCACCCGGAGCCUUCGGAGAACGAUAUCAACUGGAUUCUGUCAGAGAUUCGCGGUUACCUGGCCCCGGAUAUCACCGUGGACCGAAGUGACGUCCUGGCUGCUUGGUCGGGCAUCCGACCCUUGGUGCGCGACCCCAAGGUGAAGAGCUCGGAGGCUCUGGUUCGCAACCACCUGAUCAGCGUGUCUCCCUCGGGGCUGCUGACCUGUGCCGGUGGAAAAUGGACCACGUACCGCCAAAUGGCUGAGGAGGCGGUGGACGAGGCCAUCGAUGUGUUCAAGCUGCAGCCCCGCGAUGUGUCCUCCGUUCCCGACAUUAGCGGCGUUGGUGGUAGCGGCUUGGUGGCCGAUGGGGCCUCUCUUGACGGCAGCUGUCAAACCCACCAGGUGCGCCUGAUCGGUGCCCACGGCUACUCCAAGACUCUCUUCAUCAACCUUAUCCAGCACUUUGGACUGGAGACCGACGUGGCACAGCACCUAACUCAGUCGUACGGUGACCGUGCAUGGCAGGUGGCCGCUUUGUCCUCUCCCACCAACGCUCGUUUCCCCGUGCGAGGCUGCCGCCUCUCGGCCCUGUACCCCUUCAUCGAUGGUGAAGUCCGUUACGCCAUCCGCCACGAGUACGCCCAGACUGCUGUCGAUGUCAUUGCUCGCCGAACUCGACUUGCGUUCCUGAACGCUGAAGCGGCACUUGAGGCUCUCCCUGGCGUAAUUGAGCUGAUGGGUGAGGAGUUGAAAUGGAGCACUGCGCGAAAGGACUUGGAGUGGAAGGACGGGCUGUCUUACCUCUCCGGCAUGGGUCUCCCCAAGAGCCUUCUCGACCUGUCCCGCCAGGAAGUCAAAGGUGGUCGGGUAAAGGAAGUCGAUGCUGAGGAGCGUAAGGCUUUCUCCCGAACUGACCCCCCUGCGGACAUCCUCGAGAGUGAUGCCCGUGUUACCACCCCGGCUCCUCCCGCCAAGAAAUAG